GACAAAUGUACAUCGGAUACGAUUUAAAUAACGCGCCAAACCGGAAUAUAAGAUGACAUGCGCGUUGAUUCUAGUAUCCUUUGCACUUGUUUUUAAAAACAACAUUAGUAAAUAAUCUUGCUUAUUUUGCAUGAUGCAAAGCAAUAUUCGAAAGCCCGCGAAAUCUAAGGAGUCAUCACGGCGCAAGAAGCAUUCGAAGAUUUCCGAUCGGAAGGCUGGUACAAUGGAUGUAUUCGUGUCGCCAAAACGUCAGAAAAGUGACGAUCUAGAGGUCACAGGGAUUUCCCGAAGUGGCCGUGUAAGAAAGAAAUCUUCUAAGCUCGUUGAUUUUGAAUCACCUGAUGACUUUUCGGAAAAUAAAUACAAGCGACAGAAAACACAGUUACAAGCAUCGCAAUUAUUGGAACAGUAUGAAGCACAACAUCAUAUAUCUCCAAGCCAAAUUCAACAAACUCAUGUUGGACGACAAAGAAAAAAUUCAGGGUCACAUUCGGGACAACAAAGAGUUAAAGCAGAACCAAUAUCUGAUAAUGAAGGUCAGUCAUCGGCAUCGGAUUCUGAUGAUCCCAGUGGGUUGAACGAGGAUGAACGGUAUAGCAUGGAUUCUGGAAGCGACGAUGAAGUAGAUCCUCUGAUGAUUGAUGACAGAGAAACCGGAUUUAGAAAAUUAGAACCACCAGGUCAGGAAACACCUUCUCAAGCAAAUAGUUUAUAUAUGCUUGAAAAAUGUAAAAAAAAAUUAAUUAUUAAGGAUGGCAAAAUAAUAGGCAGAAUGAAGGCACAACGUAAAGAUAAAGGGAAAACAAGAUUUACUGCUUAUAUGUUAUGGGCUAAAGAAAUAAGGCAAGAACUACUGGAACAAUGUCCUUAUAUGGAUUUUGCUGCAAUUUCUAAACGAUUAGGUGAACUUUGGGCCACAGUGCCAAACCUGGAGAAAUAUAACUGGCGUAGACGCGCGAAGCGUUUAGCAGCAAAACCUCAUUCUGUGCCUACCAAUAAAGAUGAGUCUGUUUGGAAAAUGCCACCACCUGCUUCUCGAAAAAAGUUCAUAAAUAAACUUGGUAAUGGAAAAGAAACUAAACCAAUCUCUUCAAAAAAAACUCUCCAGUUAGGCGUACCUUCUGUUAUAGGAAAUGUGCCUGUGUCACCUCCAACAAAUAAAAGUGGGAAAGAUUUGGUUAAUGAACCUAUAAUAGGUACAGGAAUGUACAAAGUGAUUGGAACUCAGCCCAUUGAUGUCGCGGCACAUCUUAAAUUACUUGGUGAAAGUUUAACCAUUAUAGGUGAACGUUUAAAAGAACAUGAUGGUCAAAUAGCAGUUUCGGGUAGUUUGUCAGUAUUACUGGAUUCGUUGCUCUGUGCACUAGGUCCUUUGAUAUGCCUUACACAACAGGUACCAGAAAUUAAUGGAGCCCAACACGAAACAUUAUCACAAAUGCUUGACAAUAUCGCAUAUCUUAUGCCUGGUUUGUAAUAUAGAUGUAUAUGGAAACGCGUGUAAAUAUGGAAAAUAACUAAAUAUAAAGAAAUUAAUAAUA